AUUCAUUCAUAAUAUGUACACGAGAAUCGAUUCGACGGUAUGCUUUUACCAUGAUAUUGCCUAGUCGCUAAAUUAAUGCAUUUUUUUUUCGACCAAUAAAUCCGAAAAUUUAAAAUGAAGGUACUUUUUGGAACGGUGUUCACACUGUGCUUUCUAUUAACGAACAAUUUAGAAAACGAUGUUGACCGUUUUCCGGACAUAUUUUUAAAUUUUUCUAAUGUAACUGUGGCGCGGAAAAAUGUGCAAAAAAAUAUUGAAUAUACUGUUACUAAUGUAAGUGUGGGACAGACAAAUGAGGAAAAGGGGAGACUUUGCGUGAAAAAUUUGACCAAAUGCAUGGAAAAAGAUACUGAAUAUAGGUCUACUACCGAUCGACUCUCCAGUAUAUUAUUCUCUUCCUUGCCUCCAUUUGAUCUCAGUAACAUUCAAGAAGUGAGUACAGAAUGUCGUAGACAGAGUGAGAAAUAUAUUCUAGACUUACAAGAUUUUCAGGAAUAUGCACUAAAAAUGUACGACUCAACAGCAAAACUACCAUCCGGAAUUCUAAAUGGUAACAUAAACCAACUAGGAGACUUUGAUAUGUGUUUGAACGCAAACUCAAUACAAAGAAAUAUCCAAGGAAAAUAUUGUUUAGCUGCAAUGGAAGUUCAAACACCUCGAAGUCCAUAUUUAGCAGGACUCUACCAGCUAAUACAUGCUCAUCACCAUUUCAGAAGCAAAUUGGAAGAUCCAGGUCAUCGAGUGCCUAGAUUUUCUUCUAUAAACUGGGCUUUAUGUGUUCCGAGUGUAUGUACUCCAAAGGAUGUAGAAAUGGGUUUAAAAAAAUAUGUCGAAAACAUAUUGAAUGGGACUGAAAUAGAAGUACGGUACGAAGUAGAUUCUAGUAUGUGUCAAGAGAAGACAGAAACAGAAUAUCCUACCUCGUUUUUCAUUACUCUGUAUAUUCUUGGUGCAGUAAUAUUGUGGGAGUUUUGUGCAACUCUAUACGAUAUCUUAGCAAUAGGAGAAAAAAAUAAGUGGGUAAUGGCAUUUUCUUUUAAGGAAAACCUUUUAUCAAAUCUUAGUUUAGAACGACCUGCUGGUGAUAUAGAAGCAGUACAUGGAAUUCGGUGUUUAAACGCAAUUUUGUUACUUGCCUCUCAUAAAUCUAUGGCAGCUUUCUUCCAACCAGCUCCAAACAGGACGACAUAUGUUGAAUUUAUUGGUAGACCAUUCUCUGUGGUUGGAAGAGCUGCCAGUCUGUACACAGAUCCAUUUAUUAUGAUAUCGGGAAUGCUGACUACUUAUUCACUACUGGGAAAACUAAAUAAAACACAAAAACUGAAUAUAUUCGAAGAGUACAUCACGAGACUAAUUAGAAUAGUACCAACAUUUGCAGCUCUAAUAGCCUUUUGUACUUUUAUUUUACCUCAUCUGGAUUCAGGACCAAUGUGGAAUUUAGUAGUCACACAUCAUUCGGAUAUCUGUAAGCAGCAUUGGUGGAGGAAUUUACUUUUUAUUCACAAUUAUUUUGGAUUUAAAGAUAUGUGCCUCACUCAUACACAUCACCUAGGAAUUGACACUCAGCUAUUUUUUGCCUCUCCGUUUCUUAUCUACCUAAUAUGGAAAUGGCCAAGAAAAGGAACUGCGGCGUUAUUGACGAUUGCUUUGGUAUCUACCGUAAUGCGCUACACUGUUUCCUACACAAGAAAGCUUUCAAAUUAUGUUCAUUUUGGAACUUCUGUACAACAACUGUUUGACACAGCUGAUUAUAUGUACAUCUUGCCUGCCCAUAGAGCAACGGUUUAUAUUAUGGGUAUUUUCUUAGGUUACAUAUUAAGGAAUUCUUCGAACCUAACUCUAAAUAAGACUCAGGUGAACGUUGGAAAUGCGCUUGCAAUUCUAACGUUCUGUGUAUCGUUUUUUGGAGCAUCAUUUAUGGGAAACAUAGAUUACGUCUACAAUGCUCAGGAUGCUGCUUGGUACGCUGCCGUAUCACCCAUUUUGUGGUGCUUUUCGUUCGCUUGGAUCAUAUUUGUUUGGCAGUUAGGAUACAAAAUUAUUGCUGGUUACAUCUUCUCUAACAAAAUCUUCCUACUCUGGACGAAAAUAUCUUACACAGUAUACCUUACCCAGUUUCCAGUAUACUUCUACAACGUUGGAAUUACAAGGUCAUCGAACGAAACCAAUUUCUUCUGGGUAGUAUUAAACCUCACCGAAUAUGCUUGCGUGGUAAUAAUCGCAAUAAUUCUGACACUCACAUUCGAAAUACCUUUUCAGAAGGUUAGGAAUUUGUACUUAAAAAAGAAAUGCAGCAGGAGAAAAUUAUUGAAAGACGUAGGAGAAAAAAUUAAAGCUACGUGAGCGUUUGUGUGUUGUUUGUAAAUAUUAGAAAUUAUUAUUUGUGAUUAUGGAUGAAUGUGUAUAAAAUAGAUUUUAACAUCGAAAUGUUAUUCUUAUAAACAUUAAAACGUGUUCACGUUUAAGCCAGUGUUCAUUAAAAAUAAAAGUAAUAUGGAA